UACAUAUGUUUGUCGGUGAUGGUUGAAUUCGGUGUUGUGUUUUAUCGUUUUGAAAAAUUCAUAUCAACUAUAUUGAAUUGUGUUUGUUGACUUGUUGGUAUUGUUCUAUCGUUGAAAUUAUUUUUCGUUGAUGGGAAAAAAGGAACGCCGUUUUUCGGAUUUCGGAAAAAAAAAUGUCGUUAACAUUACAUUUUGAAUCAUAAUUUGUGGAACGACUCGAUCAAUUUGACACACCAUACAGUUUCAUUUUCAUUCCAAUAGUAUAGUGUCGUGUCCUCGCGUACAAAAUCGCUUCGAACGCGAACAUUUCAUUUCAUUCGGUUUUAAUCUUUCCAAAAAGUGACACAUUCAACGAUAUCCUUUGAGUUAGUAACUUUCACAAGUGCACGGAGGAAAAAAGAGUAAAUUUUUGCCUAAAAGCAUUCCUUGCUGUGGGCCUCAUAAACAAUCAUUCCGCAUAAACUAUCGUCGUGGGCCGCAUUAAUAUUAUACGGGAUGGCGCAACAUGUCGUCCAUGGAAUUAAAAUGUGCGAUACGAGUGACACAAACAACAACGCAAACACGAGUUGUUUGAGUGAUGAUGGUUUGAAAAAUCGCCGACGCACUGAAACCGUGCACGAUGAUGCAAACGAUGAUUCGGCUAACUAUGAUGAAGCGGUUCCAUUUAAACCAAAAAUUCGUUGGCCUGAUUUAGCCGCACAGAUGUUCUUACACGUUGGUGCUGUGUAUGGACUAAUCUUUCAAUUUUAUACGAUACGAUUUUAUACAGCCAUUUGGUUUUUUGCUCUGAUUGUCUCGAGUGGUUUUGGAAUAACAGCUGGAGCUCAUCGGCUUUUUUCGCAUAAGGCGUAUAAAGCAAAUGCUAAACUACGUCUACUGUUGAUCUUUCUGUUUACAAUAUCCGGGCAACGUGACGCAUACACUUGGGCGCAUGAUCACCGAGUUCAUCAUAAGUAUACGGAAACUGAUGCAGAUCCUCAUGAUGCCCGGCGCGGUUUCUGGUUUGCUCAUGUUGGAUGGCUAUUUUUGACACCACAUCCAGCAGUCGUGGCCAAACGUAAAAUUAUCGAUUUACGCGACUUGGAAAACGAUCCCAUUGUUAUGUGGCAAAAGCGAAUUUAUAUUCCAUUGUUUGCUUUAAUAGCAAUCGCUAUGCCUGUGUUGGUGCCGUGGUAUUUUUGGAAUGAAAAUUUAUGGGCAUCAUUUUGGGUAAAUUUCAAUUUGCGGUUUUGUGUCACAUUAAAUGCUGCAUUUUUCGUAAACAGUGUCGCACAUUUAUACGGCAACAAACCGUAUGACCAAAAUAUAAGCCCGGUGGAAAGUUUGCCUGUUGCUUUGGCUGCAUUUGGGGAAGGAUGGCAUAAUUUCCAUCAUGUUUUUCCCUGGGAUUAUAAAACAAGCGAAUUUGGUGACUACAAGUAUAACAUAAGCACAGGAUUUAUUGAUUUCUUCGCUAAAAUUGGAUGGGCCCGUGAUCGUAAAUAUGCUUCGGCCGAUAUGAUUGCACGGCGUGUAGCAAAAACUGGCGAUGGCAGCCAUCCGAAUCACAGUCAAUAUGUAUGGGGCUAUGGUGAUACCGACAUUUGCAAAGAUGAUUUACAGGAAUUAGAAAAAAUGCAAAGUUGAUAGUGUUCAUAUUUAUUUAAUGCCUUUUUUUAAUUUCGAUUAUAUUACUUCAAUUGAUAAUGUAAAUUAUUGUGAAAGAAAAAAAAAAUGAAAAAAUCGAAA